AUGUGUGUCGCUCCACCUCACUCCUGCAUCUACGAUGGUACAUGUCGGUUGGACUUCCUCGUAAAAAGGACUGCGUUCAGCCAGCGUCUAAUUUCCAAGCAAAGUCUUCAAACUAACUUUUCGUUGAGUCCGCAUCGAUUAUGGGACUACAACUUCUCCGUAGAAACAUUGCGACCGCCGAAGGGCCGACUUAAAAUCAAUCUCACUCGUCGGCGUCCGGGCUACGCAGCCUCCCAUUCAUUGCCACCUCCACGUUGGCUACACAACCCCAACAAACGCUUUCGAUAG